AUGAACGUAAACAUGUUCCAAGCUGGCGACAAUGUCGCCGCCACCGACCACUCGGACAUCGAUAAACUUCCGGUCGAAGAGCUUCCUCUUCCUCCCGGCUUUGUCUGGGGCGGUGCGACUGCCUCAUAUCAAGUCGAGGGUGCGGUGGGCCAAGGUGGCCGUGGUCCAUCCAUCUGGGAUACAUUCACGCAUCUGGAGCCGUCCCGAACGAAUAACGAGAAUGGCGACAUUGCCUGCGAUCACUAUAACCGCGUCUCGGAAGACGUUGAUCUAAUGGCUUCAUUCGGCGUUGAUGUUUACCGGUUCUCGAUUUCUUGGUCACGCAUAAUUCCCCGUGGAGGACGUAAUGAUCCGGUCAAUGACGAGGGUAUCGCAUUUUACAACCGCCUCAUUGACUCUCUUCUCGCGAAGAACAUCGAGCCCGUUGUCACCUUGUAUCACUGGGACGCGCCACAGGGAAUCUACGAUAAUUAUGGCGCGUUCUUGAACACCACCGAGUUCAAGGCCGACUUCGAACGAUACGCUCGUGUCUGCUUCUCGCACUUUGGCGACCGAGUCAAGAAGUGGAUCACAUUCAACGAACCAUACAUCAUCUCCAUAUUCGGUCACCAUACCGGCGUCCUGGCUCCGGGUAGAAACUCCUCGAAUGGCGGAGAUCCGCGCACCGAGCCUUGGAUAGUAGGACACACUCUGAUUGUCUCACACGCCUCUGUCGUGCGAACCUAUGCGUCGGAGUUCCAGCCUUCUCAGAAUGGAACGAUAUCGAUCGUCCUGAACAGUCACUUCUACGAGCCCUGGGAUCCAGACAGCCCGAUCCACAUUGACGCCGCGCAACGUCGACAGGAAUUCUACAUUUCGUGGUUCGCAGACCCCAUUUUCCUCGCAAAAGAAUACCCACCUUGUAUGCGGGAAUUCCUCGGCGAUCGACUUCCCCAUUUCACGGACGCCGAACGUACCUUGCUCCGUGAAACAGCCCAUCUCAACACUUUCUACGGUAUGAACCACUACUCCACUAAAUUUGCCCGCGCACUCCCCGAUCCCCCCGCACCCGAUGACUGCGCGGGUAAUAUCGAAGAAGGACCCACGAACUGUCGGGGCGAGGAAGCGGGUCCGGUGUCGGGAAUGGCAUGGCUUCGGGUAGCGCCGUAUGGGUUCCGAAAGCUAUUGAAUUGGGUGUGGAACAGAUACCAGCUGCCGAUUAUCAUUACUGAGAAUGGAUGUCCAUGUCCUGGGGAAAGCGAGAUGAGUAAAGAGGAGGCGCUGGACGAUCAGUUCCGCGUGAGGUAUUUUGGAUUGUAUUUGGAUGCGAUCUCAAGGGCUGUCUAUGAGGAUGGGGUCAAGGUGACGGGGUAUUAUGCUUGGAGUUUGAUGGACAAUUUUGAGUGGUCAGCUGGGUAUAGUCCCAGGUAUGGUAUUUCGCAUGUGGAUCGGACAACGCUGGAGAGGACACCGAAGAAGUCUGCAUGGUAUCUGAAGACGUCUUUCGAUGAGCGGAGGGCAAAGGGGAAGAGCAUUUCUUGA